ACAAAUUGCUCUCUCCUACAGUAAUGGUGUAGAUACAGAAGGGGAAAUGUCAGCUGCAAGAAAAGAGCUACAGCAGGUGUUGUGCCGCUAUGUCACAGAAACCUUAAGCUACAUCGACACUGUAAGAGAAUUCUGUGAGGACGUCUCUAAAUGGGGGCUCCACAGGGAGACCGAAUUAAACAUGAUGAUAGAUAUCAAAGAGAGUGUUGACAGCAUCGACCUAAACUUCGACCAUGUGUCUAAGUCAGAGGAAAAAGGUAAGGCCUUAGGGGAAUAUUUGAAGAGCAAGCUGACCCAAGACAGCAGGCGUGCAAAGCUGCAGGAGGAGCUGGCUGCUGUGCUCAAGGACACUUUGGUUGGCCUGGCGAAGCUUGAAUACUUCCUGGAUGCAGUGGAGAAGUUGGCGGUCACUUCGCUCCAUGUGUUUACGGAGAACCAGGCGCUAUGUCUGCCCAAAGGGAUCAUCCUCGAUUGUGUUCAGGUUGUCAUCACUGCGGCAUGGCAGAUCUGCCCUCUCCUCCUCGAGUUCAAAAGAGACGCACAAGUCUUCUUCCUGCCCAGACUUCAGAAUGUGGAAGUGCUCUUCUAUGAGUUGUUCAAGUACAUAGAGACCACGCAGAAAAUCUGCAGACGUAAGGAAAAAGGUGAACAGACUGUAACUGUCUUUCACAACUCCCUCAGUGGCUUUCAUUUGAAAAUGACGACGGAAACUGUGGUGAACUUCGACGUGGAUCUGUCUGAAGAUGACAUGCAGAGGAUGCUUGAUCAUAUUAAUCAGCUGGAUGAGAUGAGGAUGAACAAGGACUUCAGGAUGGUGUUCUUGUUUCAAGAGGAAUCGUUUUGUGACUUCAUCAGUGACUUCAGCAAGCGACAGGACAGGAUGCUGGAGUUUCUCAACGACCUGGAGGAGGGGGCUGUUCAGCUUGACAGGAUGAAUAAGGGGGCAAAGAUCUCCAGCGUGGUAGGCAGCUCGGUUGGGGCAACUGGAGGUGUGCUCUCCAUUGUUGGCUUGGCUUUAAUUCCUGUGACGGCAGGGGUGUCUGUAGCUCUGACAAUGACGGGGGUUGGUAUGGGAAUCACCAGCGGAGUCAAUAGCGCUGUCACCACCGCCACAGAGAUUGGAGUAAAUAUUGCUCAAAAGAACAAAGCCAGAGAGGUUUUCCAGAAAUUCAUGGAGGAUGUGCAGAGUCUCCAGGAAUGUCUGGACAAGGUGACCAGUCAAGCCGAAUUGGAAGACAAUAUCAAAAAAGAGGCUUUGAGAUUUGGCAAGGUUUUUUUGAAAGGCUGUGUUAUUGGAAAAGGUAUUGAUGCAUUAGUUGAUGGUGCCUCUGCUUUUAAGUUGCUAAAAAAUGAAGAGUCCAUUGCAGGUGCUGGUAAGGUGGUGGCUCAGGAAAGUAAAUCAUUUGGUAACGUGGCCGCAGACAUCCCAGAUAUCGGUCAGGCAGUCGCCAAAGGGCCUCUCGCUCUUUCCAAGGCAGCCAGGGUAGGUUUCAUAGCACUCAAUGCUCUCUUCCUCGGCAUGGAUAUCUUCUUCAUCUGUCAGGGCAGCAUCAGUCUGGCAAAAGGCAGUGAGACCGCCUGCUCAAAAUGGAUCAGGGCCAGAGCUACUCUGUGGAGAUCAGAGAUGGAUUCAUGGAAGGGGAUCCACGACUCCCUGUGUGAGGGCCGGGAGACUUCAGAGGAAAAAAAAGCUCUUCUGGAGACACCAUUUUAUCCGGAGAAGAAGUUUUUCUUGGGCCUUAUUGUGUUGGUCAUGGAUCUGAAUUGGCUUCAGCCCCAGCCAGGUCACCUCGGCCCUAUAGUCCUCCACCAACAACUGCCCAUCCACCAGACUCCGUAA